ACUAUUGGUGGUUCAUGGUGUGAUUGUAGACGAUCGAUCAACGAGACCAAAAAAAGUUUAUAGCUUCGUGGCGCUGGAAGGGUUAUUUCAUAAGUCUUUUCCUUCCAAGUUAGAUGGCAUUGCUUCUUUCGUUCAAAUCCUGUAUGUAAGUUUUUCUACCAUAGGUUCUUAUGAAACGUCAGUGAAGCGCUAUCAUUUUGCAUGACUGCAAACCUUAGUUUAAUAUUUUCCGCUUUUUCAAGUACUACUUGGUCUAAAAACUCACGCCAUCUAAUCAAUGCCUGCUUCGACAAAGGUAAAAACGAAUAUUCUUGGCACAGCUAAAAGCGAUUCAAAUCUCAAUGAAGGAAGAAAAGACAAGAAAGUACACUUUGCAGAUACUUUAGGACUUUCACUGGUCGAUGUUUGCUAUUACCGUGAUACAGCACCUCGUUCUUACCACCGGAAAAUUGCUAUUAGACCAACUUUUUUCGAAAGAGAAAGAGUCGACCGGGCUCGUCUUCUGAACUUUAUUCAACCUCUCUGCGGGAAAAAAUUAAUUGACACUUUAGAAAAACAAAGCGUGGCUUUGGAAAGCAUUACAAUUCGAGAUUACAGCAUUUCAGGGAGCGUAAAAGUUCAGAACAUAGACUACGAAAAGAAGGUGUUUAUUCGAUAUACCAAGGACAGCUGGCAAAGUUAUUCGGACAUAACUGCAGAAUAUGUCUAUGGCUCGAACAGUGGAACUACAGAUACCUUCUCCUUUGUACUAGUAAUCCCAAAUGACUUGGAAAAAGACUUCAAAAUCGAAUUUGCAAUAUGCUACGAAGUACUUGGACAUAAGUUUUGGGACAAUAACUAUGGUGACAAUUUCAGGAUUAUGUGGUACGGAUCAAGGCAGUUUUUGAAAAGUCGAGAUCUAUUUGACAUUUUUCAGUGCAGCAGAUUUACUGGUUUCUGGAUGUGACAUAAUAUAUUGACUCGUUCACCGAAAAUAAAAAUGAAAUAUAGACUUUCGUAAUAUUUAAAGCUUAGAUAUAAAAUUAAUUACAACCGUAAUUAAUAAGCUAAAGUCUUAAUGAACAUAAAGAAAGAGUUCAGUAAAAGGAAGUUGUAUUUUUUUAGAACAAAUUCAUACCAAAAAAAUAGAGAAACACCUGCUCCUUUUUCCGAAUAAGUUUUAUUGUUAACAUUACGGAAAAGCUCUACGUUUCACAUUACUAACACCGUACUAAGGGGUUUCCAAGCAGCAGUGACAACUUUAUUAAUAUUAUGCUAAUAAGUGACGGACUUGCCUUGAACGUGGCAGUUUGUUUACAUUAUCAUCAGGCAAAAGAUGUAAAAACUUGUAAUCAAAUAGUUAGAUUUAUCGAAUUGAGUGUGUGAUUUACUGCAAAUUUGAAAACAAAAAUUGAAAAUAAAUAAGGUAUUUCAUAAAAGGGUUAACCCUGCAACCACUAUAUGACACUAAUUAUAAAUAACCAUAAUCAUUAUAAAAAUAUCUGUGACCCUUGUUUACUCCGUCAUUGUAAAGCAUACUUACGUUCUUCCUUCAGUCUAGCCGUUGCACUUCAAAGAUUUAAAAAAAAAAAAAUCAUUGUUAUUUAAGUUAAAACUGUGCCAUUGGUAAGAAAUCUGUAAAGAGAGUGAGUUGUGAAACCUUUCAAAAACAUUUUCCACUGCACAUUAGUAAACAUCUUUUCCAUUAGAUCUCUACUAAAAUACAACAUCAAACCUGGGGCGCAUUGAUGAGAGACAAGCACUCUCACUGCUAUGCCAACCGUGCUUCCCUAUAUAAUAGUCAUAGAAGAAUGACGUACAUAUGACAUUAAGAUGUCUGGGUAUUCCCAGGACUUUGAACCUGGCACUUAAAGUAAAUGAAGUGUUUACAUUUU